CUGUGGUAAGGUUUAUCCCCAAUCCUCCAGUUCUAGUAGAAGGAAUAAAACAAAAAAUAAAACAAAAUCUCCGAGAAUCUUCAGCAUUAAACCGAUCUAUCCACAAGUAUGCAUGUUCAAAUUUGAUAAUUAAAAAUAGUACCUCUCAAAUGGAUACAUCCACCGAUAUUGAAGAGGACCUCCUACUCUUGCUUUGUAAGGCAAAUGAAUAG